GUCAGUCGUACAUUGUGUUUCUCACGUAGGCCAUCUUGGGCUAAACUAUUUGAACUUUUUUUUUUAAAUUUUUCUUCAAAUCAAACAGUAAUUUUCUUAAUCAAUGAACGUUUUUACUUAAAAUAAUUUGGACACUGUUUUGCCUCUUCUGGUAAGAUGUUUGCGACAAAAAUGGAUGCAGAGAAACCAUCAGAUGUUACCGAAAACAAGUCAACUGCAGUUGCAUCUGUCAGUCGUACAAGAACAAGUUUGGAUUUUCGUCGUGGAAAAUGUAAGUGGUUUAACACAUCGAAGGGUUGGGGAUUCAUUAUUCCGGACGACGGAUCACAAGAAGUUUUUGUACACCAGAGCGUGUUAGAUAUGACGGGAUUUCGAUCAUUAGGCGAGAAUGAAAUUGUUGAUUUUAAAUCAAAACCUACCGACAAAGGCGUUGAAGCAACUUUAGUCACUGGACCGGAUAAUAAACAGUUGGAGGGUAGCAAAAUUCACGAAAAGAGUAAAAAACGCUUUAGAAAAAGCAGAUGUUACAAUUGUGGCAAAUUUACAAAUCAUUUGGCGGCUCAUUGUACAGAAACACAAACAAAAAGAUGCCAUUAUUGUCAGAGCUCUGAACAUUUAAUGGCCAAUUGUUUACAAUCAAAGAAUCUUGGAAAACAGAACGAAUCACCAAUGUAAUAGCUGAAUUCGCAAAAACGGGUGCUAUGAAAAAAAUUCAAAAAUCAAAUUAUGGACUUUUAGCGGGCAAUAAAUAACGUUCUCUUUGAAACGA